AUGCUGGCUCUGUUCAUAAUAAACGUCGUAAUAGCCGUUUUAUUAGAAAUCGCAACAUGUCGCUCAGUUAAUUUUAAACAAGACCAUGUAUUGACCCAUGGAAGUGAUUUAAGGAAUCCAAACCCAUUUCUUGGUAAUAUUAAGACCAACAACAUUUCAAAAUUGCCUGGAAGGCAGGAUUCUGUACACCAUGGAAGGAAUUCGAAGGGGAAGGCUACAAGUGUAGUACAUAGCGGCAUAUGCAGAAACUUAUUUUCUAGGGUUGAGCUUGUUUUGGGUUCGAAUGCGUUGGAUUCUAUCAGUUCUGCAAAUGUGUUGAUAGUUGGAGCGAACGAGUUGUCUAAUAAGGUUAUAGCACAUUUCAUACGAUCAGGAAUAGGUUCAAUUUGUAUCUGGGACGAUGAUACUCAAAAAUCUAAUCGUUUGGUGGAGCGUAUUUCGUUAUUGCAUCCGGACGCCAAUAUUAAUAUAUUGAAAAGCGAACCAAAUUUUGAGAAAGAAGCUUCUACUUACAGGGCAAUAGUAUUUUUAAAUCAACCGUUACAGUCAGCUAUAGAAGCAAAUGAUAGAAUUCAUAACAAAUGUAAAUUUGUUUUUGCGUCUACAAUAGGUGCAUACGGUUUGGUAUUUUCAGAUUUUGGUACUAAUCAUCUUGUUACUACCAGAUCUGAUGAUAAGUAUCCAGAACACUCAUGCAAAUUUACAUCUGCGGGAAAUAAAACUUGGUUGGAAACAACGUCCAAAGUCCAAAAAUCAUUCUAUUCUGAAAAUGAUACGGUUAAUCUCACAUACGCCCAUUACCUUCUAAAUGAAAAUAAAGGCGAGACAGACAUUCAGGUUUUAAAGUGCAAAGUAUCCAGAGUAGUUGAAGAAAAUAAUAAUGUCAAACUUCUUAUUGACUUGGACACUAGAGGAUGGCCUCAAAUGACUGUCUCUAUAAGCAAAGUUGAUGAACCAUUCUUCCUCGAUUUCGCUCCACUAAGUCAUUUUAUAAAGUCAAUUUUUUCAAAGCAGAGUUAUUUUACCCUUUUUUUGGAUAAAAUAUUCCUUUCAAACCCAGCUGGUAGGCUUUUAAUUACUCCAAAAUCGGGGAAUAUUUUUAACAAUGAUCAUUUAUCUGUCAUUUCUUCCUUUUUGGCAUUUGAUCAAAUGGCUUUUAAUUUUACUGGAACAAUGGAUUUUGAUUGGAAUUACCACAGAUACUUUAUAGAUUUAUGUAGGAAAAUUUAUCCUCAAUGUGACGACGUUAUAGCAUCCAACUUCAACAAGUUGAGACACUUUCACAUACCACCGAUUGAUUUUAUGGUUGGAGCAUUUGUUGCUCAGGAGACUAUCAAGGGGAUCACUAACAUAUUUACUCCUUCAGAGCUCGUUCUAAUUGACAGAAGCGAUUUGUUUCUAAAUAAAUCCGGUAACGUAGAUUUUGAUAUUGUAAAGAAGGUGAUGAGCAUUGUUUCAAAUUAUUCAUAUCUAGUAGUUGGUGCUGGUGCAUUGGGAUGUGAUUAUCUUAGGAUGUUAGCUGAGAUGUCUGUUUCGAGAGUAAAUGUAUUUGAUGAUGAUACCGUUGAAAUUUCCAACUUAUCAAGACAAUGUUUGUUUACCCCGGAUGAUGUAGGCAAGGGAAAAGCUGAAUCUGCAAUAAAGAAUUUAAAUCGUUUACAUGACAACACCCUAAAGGACUAUAAGUAUCACAAAUUAUUGUUUACCGACUCAUUUGAAACAAGGGCGAUUGUAAAUUCCAUAUGGUCUGAUAAAACAAUUGCUCUAUCUGCUGUUGAUAAUAUGCAAGGAAGAAUAACUCUCGAUAAUUUUUGUAUAGAAAACAACAUACCACUCGUUGAAGCUGGUAUCCAUGGAAUGAAAUGUAGCACUUCUAUAUUUAUUCCACACAUUACCGAAUCAUACUCGAGUACAAUGCAAGAUAAAAUGUUGGUAAAUGACAAAAGUAGUUGUACGGUUAAAGGAAUACCAAAAACAAUUGAAGAUACUGUACAUUAUUCUAUGGAACUAUUUUCAUGGUUGUUUGAUUCUCAACAUGUUUUUAUUAAUAAAUUUAUGAUGGACCCUGUAAAAACUUUAAGACAAACCAUGGAUCACGGUCAUGAUUAUUUUUUGAAUGCUAUUCAAGUCAUCAAAGAUAAUUGUGAUAUAUUAUCCUCAGAAUCUGAAUCAGAAAUUGAUAAAAAGAUUUUAAAAUGGGCUAACAAAAACUAUUUGAAAUAUAUUGGAUACGACUCACCACUUGGAGAUAUAUGGAUAUCAUCGUUAAUUAGGUUAAAAACGGGAUGUUUGACUCCAAAGAAGUGCAAAAAAUUGACUAUCAACGAGAGUUUUAUAGAUGAAAUAAAAUCACAAGUCAUAAGGUUUUUGACCGCCUUUAAAAGGAAAGGAAACAACUCUGAAUUAUCCAAGGGGUCGUAUGAAAAAUGCUUUAGAGCAAUAUCUGAACUUUUUGAAGAUAAAAAUGUGAGAAAAGCACUAGAGUCAGCAAAUUUUAGUUAUUCAUCGAUUUUUUUUGAGGAAAACCGUGAAGAUUGUCUAGAUUUUAUUUAUGCUACAAGCAACAUGAGAGCGUUCAAAUACAAUAUUCACCAAAAAGAUAAAUUAUCUAUUCUAGGUAUUGCAAAAGCAAUUGUUCCUGCAAUUUCUACCUGCGUUUCUAUUGCAGCUUCGACCUCUUUGUUGGAGGUUUAUAGAAUAGCUAUCCUAUCGCAAUAUAAUAUCUUUGGACAUGAUUCUGAUUUAAAAUCCACAAAUUUCAAGAAUAGCAAGGGGAUAAUCGGAGAUAUUUAUUUGUCACUUUACAAUGAUGAUAUCUCUAUUUGGUUCUCAUUGUCUGAUAAAGGGCUACGAUGUUUUAAUAAAAACAAGUUAAUAGCAACAUUAAAACCAUUCAAUUAUCUGAAAUCAAGAAACCAUUGCAAUUAUUUUAAUCAUCACUUUUUUAAUUUGUCUAUAAUGAAACACUUUUCAAACCAUCCCAACCCCCCUUAUAUAUUUCAGGUGACAAAUCCAAAUGCCAGUCUAUACGGGUUGUCACUUUCCUUUUGGGAUUAUAUAUUGGUGGAUGAACAGUCUGCACACUUUUACAAUUUUAAAACACACAAGAAUGUUUUUAAAAAGAAUGGCAUUCUAGUUGGAGAGUUGGUGAAGUCCAUAGAAAACAUGUUUGAUGUUAUUGUUGAGGGAUUCGCUUCUCCUAGCGGUUACAUUUUAAUAAAUGAUCUCAACAAUAGGUCCUCGCUAAGUGAUCUAUUUUUUUCACCUACAGGACAAGUUGUAAUUAGCAUUUUAGCGUAUGAUAGACACUCAAAUAAACGUAUAGAAUUGCCAGAUAUCAAUUACAGAAUGUGA